AUGUACCCCCGCGACGUAUACAACUUCGACGAGACCUCACUCUACCUAUCGGUCUUACCUCGUAAGACGUACGGAGGUGCGCGCGUUGCAGGUCGCAAGCUGGCAAAGGAACGUAUCACAGUCGGCCUGCUUGUGAACGCGAACGGUAGCCACUCGUUCCGCCCCUUGGUCAUUUCCAAGGCCAGGCGCCCGCGCGAUUUCCGACCCGACUUCGACCCUGAGGAGUAUUGCUAUUGGCGUCACAAUGCGAAGGGUUGGAUGACGGCACCGGACGCAUGGAUGAACAUCCCCGUCAAGACGAUCCAGCGUUGCUGGUGGCGCACGGGAUGCAUGCCGCGCUCGUGGGCCAUGGAUUUGGCGCAAGUGGGGCUGGACGGCCUUGCCCCGGUCGGCAACGGCGUAAAUGCUGCUCUCCCUAUCGACCUCGAUGAGGACAUCGGGGACGUCGGCAUCAUGAUCGGCCGUCUAGGCCUCGGGCCUAGCGCAAUGCCGGCCGCCGCCUUCGUCGCGAUCGACGACGACCAGCCCACGUGUGCCGAGCCUGGCGAGGACCCGCUCGCCCUUGAGCCCGCGACGGGGUAUUCGGGCGCAUCGUGGGAGGCGCCGUCCACCAUGCACGCAGUCUAUGACGACGACAACCCCUAG